AACUGCCAUCCGUCACAUGUCAUGUGACCUGAAGUCGGAAGUUCUCACGUCAAUGAAAACAAUCACUCUCUUUUCCUUCAAUCUUGCCUCUUUUGUGCAUUUUUUCUCCGAUAGCGACUCAUUUAGCCAUGUCUUUAAGCAACGUAAAAGACACUAGCUUCUUGGGGGGCAGAAUACCACCAGAAAUAGAGUCGAUGUCGAAAAAUCUGAAGGAUGUGGAUCAAGAGUUGUUUAGAAAACUUCUCAAAGCUGUGGUCAGUGCACUGGAGGGAAAAGACUGCAGGGAGAUCAUGAAGUCGAUCGCUGAAAGCAGUGUCAUCCCACAGGAGAGGCUCAGUCACAUCAUCGCUGGGAUGCACAGGGUGCUUUCAGAGGCCAUCCGCCUCCCAGCGUCCUCACUCAAACAGGAGGUGAGUGUUCCUCUGAGGCAGGCAGAUGGAGCUGCUGUGCUUUCAAUUCAGUCACAGAAAACAAGUUUAUAUCUGUUUUUUGGUGAGGAUUCUUAGUCGUCCAGGUCAUAGUCACUCCAAAA